UUUUUUUUGCAAAUGUCUCCCAUUUUAUGUUGACUUCAGAAUCAUUCAAACUGCAGGUGUAAGAUUAAUGUUGUACCAUUUCUAGGCGGAGAGAGCAAUAAAAAAAAAGUCAAGUAUUUUUGCACCCCCUGCAUCGAUGGUACCACCUAAAUUGGAUCGGAAGGGCGCGGGCGCCCGCGUCUGCGCUUAUUCAAUUCGAUUUCGCCCUCAUUUCUGUUCACCCCGGGCCACCCCAAAGAAGCACCCGAGCCGCUAGUAUCUCGCGAUCCCCUUCGUCGCAGUGGUCUUAGCUACCUAUAACAUAAUAACUGUGACGACGCUUCGCGAAGAUUUCGUAAAUUAUUUAUAACGAAAAGAGGAUCAAAUUAACAGAAAAGUAUAACGAAAAGGGAGAUUAUAUGUUGUAUGUACACCGUCGAUCGUAAUUAAUUAAUUAAUCAAUAUAAAUAAAUUGUAAGCCGAUUAAAACUCACGUAUGUAGAUUAUGAAUAAUACAACGCUUAAGAUAUAAAUUAUUACAACACGGGGUGUAGAUUGUAAAAAAUGUUGCAAGUCGUGUUUCAUUGGGUUUUAAACCAUUCGAAUUAAAUUCCUAUAUACGUAUUGGUAUUAACGUUAAUAGGUGAUACUAGUAUAAUUAAUAAUAAUGCAUCAAUAAAUAGAGUGUUAAUUUAAUUAAAUCCGGUGCGUUGAGGUGAUACGGUGGUGGCAGCAACGGUAGCAGCUCCCUAAAUAUUAAAACGCGGUGACUAAUCCCUUCUCUUCAUACUCUCCACAGCGGGAGCAGAAGAGCGGAAUUUAUUCAAGCUUAUGAAUUCAACCCCCCUCUCUCUUCUCUGUACAGAGGGUUGGCUCCAGUAGAAAAAUUCAACUACCCCUGCAAAUAGCGGAAAAUAGAAACGGAGCGUUGCAGCGGCUUCCGUAGCGGCUGCAUCGGCUCCUCCUGAGACGGAAGGGGUGUCUUCGUUUAUUUAAAAAAUCGCAACCGCUUUCUAGGCAGCAGCUAAGUGCCCAGGGUAAUCUUGCGGUUCUUGGUGUUGCUUCUUCUCUUCCUCCUCCUCAUACUGCUGCGGCUUCCAAAACUCCAGCUUCUCCAGGGAUCCCGCAGGAGAAUCCGGCAAGUUCUUAUCUCUCGCAUAAGUUAUCCUAGACUGUAAAGGUAUAGGUGAGCUGGCCAUCCACUUCCUAUAAGCUGCACAGGGAAUGAAUUUGACCGUCGGAAAUUCCCUGAAAAUCGAAAACGUGUUCGAUGGUUAUUCCAUAUCGUGCGUACACCUUUGAUUUCAUCGAAACUCUAAGAAUUGAAAGAAUUUCUUCUAUUUCUAAACUUACAACUCUCGUAAAAUUCGGCAAUAAUUCAAGCGGAAGUAAGAAUAUAAGAUCCACCCUGAAGCCAAUAUGAAAGUUUUGGUUUUAGAAUGUUCACAGAGAUGUUAAUUUUUUUUACCAUUUAUCAAAGAUGUACAAACCCCCUCGAGUUGUAGUUUUUUAUUCAUCUUAUUCCACAACUUCCCAACGUGAAAAUUCCAGCUAUUUACUCCCGGUAUAUUACUUAUUUGGAACCAGAAUUGAAAAACUGUAAGAGCUUCAUUCGCAUUCUUCGGCAGCAAAUUCGUAGGCGCAGGUGCGAAGCGUAUGAGCAUUUUGAAAAUUUUCUUUUACUACGAAAGUAUUGAAAGAUACCAGCCGAGGAUGAAGUCUGACUGUCCAACCGGACUUUAUUUUAUCCUGAUCCUGGCAAGUAGUCUUCUGAUAACGACUUCGGGGACGUCUCGUUAUAAGCACUCUCGAAGGCACCGCGAUUACGCUUCGGGGCCAACGGUGAUAUCAACGGUGGCCGAUUCUUCACCGUCAACGUCGUCGGUCCUUCAGGACGGGGGGGAUCUUAUCCUGAAUAAUGGAAAAGAUCGUUGCUUGGGAAAGUACUGCGGUGCCGGCAGGGAGUGUCAGUUAUCGGUUACCGAGCCUGAAGGAGAAGUCGCGCUCUGCGUUUGCAUAAGAAGAUGCAAUCGUAGGCAUCGUCCAGUCUGUGGUAGCGAUGGUCGAAUUUAUGCAAAUCACUGCGAACUUCAUCGUGCAGCUUGCAGCUCCGGACUACCCCUCAUAGCCAGUAGAUUGAUGCGAUGUCUCCACAGAACGGACGCGCAUUCUCCAAGCGCUCCCAAGUCUGGGACGACUCCCAAGCCACCGGAGCUGGAAAAGGUUCAGGAAAAUGUCAUCGACACGGACAGUUAUGACCUAGACGACUGCUCUGCUCAGGAAUACGAGAUCAUGAAGGAUAAUCUGCUGCUCUUUAACCACGCGAGGUUGAUGGCACAGGAUAAUCACAGCAAGGAAUACCUGGUCAGCAUAAUGUUCUCUCACUACGAUCAGAACAACAAUGGGAACUUGGAGCGAGAGGAACUAGAGCAGAUUGCGCAUCGAGAAGAACUUGAACAGCUCAGCAGGGGCUGCUCUCUCGGCCACAUGAUAAGCUACGACGACGCUGACAAGGACGGACGCCUGAACAUCAAUGAAUUCUACAUGGCGUUCAGCAAACUCUAUAGUGUAUCUGUGGUCUCUCUGGACAAAUCUCGCGAAGUUAAUCACAUCUCGGCGAUGGUGGGUGACAACGUUGAGAUAAAAUGUGACGUGACAGGAACCCCACCUCCGCCUCUUGUCUGGCGCCGGCACGAGGCGGAUGUUGAAACUCUUUCCGAACAGGAGAUCCGAGUUUUCAACGACGGCAGUCUUUACUUAACAAGGGUGCAGCUCGUCCACGCCGGGAACUACACGUGUCAUGCCCUCAGGAAUAAAGACGUUGUUCAGACCCACGUGCUCACAGUUUACACCGUGCCCGAGGUCCGCGUAACGCCGCGGCUGCAGUCGAAAAGACCGGGAGAAGAAGCGACGAUGUGGUGUCACGUCGUAGGGGAGCCUUUGCCCCGGGUGGAAUGGUUGAAAAAUGACGAACCCCUCCGUCUUGACGCGGAUGACGAUGGGGUGAGGGAGGAUGAAAGCAACGACGAUAGCGGAAGUAACGAUGCGGAGGAUGGGAAGUACGAAGUGGUCGGAAACGGGACAAAACUUGUCGUCAGAAAUGUGGGAUAUGCAGACACAGGAGCUUACAUGUGCCAAGCAACAAGUGUCGGUGGACUCACUAGGGACAUAAGCAGCCUCGUGAUCCAGGAGCAGCCAACCCCGACUGCUGCCAGUGAAGAACGUCGCUUUUUCUCUUUCCACGAAUGGGGAGUCUCAAUCUAUGAGCCUUCGGCGUGCAGACUCUAUCACCAAAUAAAAUCAUCGGACAUAAUUCCAGGGACACAGGAAUACGUGUGUGGGGGAAAAGGUAUCGGUUGUUCAUGGGGUAGAGCGAUAAACGUGGCUAAUAGAUACGUCUACGUUAGUCAACCAGAGAAGGAUCGUAUCCUUGUGAUAAGUAAGAUCCAGAUGGUGGUCGUCGAUGUCGUAGCUACGGAUAAAUACCCCGUCGAAUUGUAUUACGUGUCAUCCCUGGACCAGGUCUGGGUUCUGAACUGGCGCAGCGUGCGGGAUGCGGGGAUAAAAACUGUACAGGUAAUCCGCGAUGCGGCGCAGAAAAGAAAACACCGUACAGUUCAUCCCGAGCCAAUUGAUGGGCAGUUCGACCUUGUCAAAGGUCUUUAUAUACCGGGGCACCAGGAGAUCGGCCAUACUUACAAGUACGGGUACGUUACGCACACGAAUCAGAGAGGCAUGUACAAACUGGAUUUAGCAAACAUGCGUUACACUCGUAGCGUAGAUCUUGCACCUUACAGCUGCGUGCCCACGAACGUUCAGUUCCCAGCACUCUAUGGGUUUGUCAUUUUGCAAUGCGAGGAGCCUGUCACAGGGCGAGCAACGGGUCAACUUCUACUGGAUUACGUAACAGACGCGGUACUAGCCCAUAAACCAGAACUCGUAGGUCGCCCGUUAAUUUCUCCAGACUCUCGACACCUCGUCACCCUCGAUAGACAAGAGAGCGGCGUGAUACUCGUAGUCCAAGAAAUAUUACCGAGUAGUUUGAAGUUUGCUUUCGACGUAAAAACUUCGCUCAACAUAAGCGACAUAACAUUUUAUCCAUCUCAGACGACGCAUGGUUGCGAUCUUUACGCUUCUUCGACGGAUAAGGAGGAUAUCCUAUUCCUGAACCUUGCAACGGGUAAAGUCGAGAUGAUAACGGGAGUUGGAAAGGCGAUGCCAGCGAGUAUGGCAAGUUGGGGAAAUCCGAACAGACCGAUAGUGGAGAGCGGUGUUUUUGGAAGAUAUAUGGUUAGCCCUUCGAACGAGGCUCUGUUCGUUAUAAACGGAGAGACGAGGACCGUCAACUGUGAAAUCGGAGGGCUGGUCCGCCCAAGCGCUGUAGUUUGGUUGACGGUUCCAAUCCACUAAGGCUAAUCAGCUACGGUAAAUCGUUCAACGGUGCGGCGACGGUGACGGUGACGGCCAAGCCAAGUUCAGUUCGACCCAGCUGUAGUCAUGUAUCCAUGAAUCGGACCUUUAGUUAGUUCUUGGAAUCCAGAUGAUUAGAAUUGUUUUUUAUUCUUCUUUGAAGAGCCUGAGAGAGAAUCACAAAUUUAUAAUCACACGAGAGACACAUGUGGGCACUUGACUUAAUAAAAGAUAAUAUCAUUUUCAUACUAAUUGUUAAGAUAACACCGUACACAAUAACUAGUGAUAAAAAUUAUAAUAGAAUAUUUAUAUUAUAUUAUAUUGUAUUAUUAAAGAAAAUUACGAAAAAAUAACGAAAA